AUGAACACCGCUUCACCACCUCAUUCUCUCACCUCUUCUCCUUCUUUCGGAGCCCGUCGCUCCUCUCGACCCUCUCUCACUCUCGACAUGUCCAACCUCCCCCCUCUCACGCAACCCACACCUCCCUCCAACACCCUCAUCAUAACCGACUUGAACGACAUUCUCCUCUUCCAACCCGACUCUCUCGCCAACCUCAAAGCCUAUCUCGAGUCUUUGGCUCCUCUCAACUCCUUCUCCCCCCUCCCCUCCCUCCGCCGCAUCCUCUGCUCUUUCCACACGGACUCCGACGCUCUCCGCAUCCGCAAACUCCUAACUGGCGCACCACUGCUCAACCGCCCCAUCAUCCCCAAGAUCUACUUCGGCGAACCCACUCCCAUCAUGGACGACCUUGAGUCGCGCCCGAAACUCCUGGAGGCCCCGCAAGUUGACAAGCUCUUCUUCAUCUCACCGCCCCCCUCCCCGCCCCACGGCUGGGUCAUGCGCCAGGAAGAUCCCCCGAACAAGGAAGUCCACGCCAGUGAUCUCGCCCAGGCUUUGGCCAAGUUGAAGACGGAGCAGUCCGGUGUUGAGGAAGCAGCGACGGGAGUGGUGGUGUCGUCUAUCGAACAACAGCAACAACAACAGCCGGGUACUCCGAUGUCCAUGACCUCGGACAAGAGGACGAGCAGUUGGCCCGUGGCCCUGUCGCAGACGCGCAGCCGCAGCAGCACCCUCAUCUACCACCCCGAGGAUCACGGAGGUAGCCCCAACUUGCCUGCUGUCAUGGUCGAGGACACCAGUGCUUCCCCAGACGAGGAUAUCGAUAUGGACAUGAGCCCCAUCGAGAUGUCGGUCAAGAAGAUGCCGCCCAAGACGUCGCGGCCCCCAGUGGAGCUGAUGGGGGGUAUUUAA